AUGGGCGCACGACCAACGUUCGCGCCGGACCAGGUCGCCCGCUAUCUUGAUAGGCUGGGCCUGCCCGAGGCGGAGCGCCGGUACAGCGUGGCUGGCCUGGAUGCACACGACGCGCUCGACUAUCUGGCCCGCCUGCAGACGCUGCACCUUGCUGCCGUCCUCUUUGAGAACCUCAGCCUGCACUACUCGGCCCAUGGCACCGUGUCUGUGCAUCCCCACCAGCUGUCCAACAAGAUCAUUGGCGACGGCAAUGGCCGCGGCGGCUACUGCAUGGAGAACAACAGUCUUUUUGGCACGCUGCUGGCCUCGCUGGGCUUUGCCGUCUACUCGGGCGGCGGCCGCGUCCACGAGCCGGCGGGGUGGACGGGCUGGCUGCAUCUGCUCAACUUUGUCACCAUCGGCGACACCAAGUACCAUGUCGACGUUGGCUUUGGCGGCGACGGUCCGAUUGUGCCCAUGCCGCUGGUCCGCACAGGCGCUGUCUACGAGUACCGGCGCAACGACCAGAGCGCGUGGGACGUCAAGUACUGCUUCACCGAGCUCGAGUUCCUGCCCUGCGACUACGUCUCCAUGAACUACUUUAGCAGCACCAGCCCGCGCACCUUCUUCACCACCAUGGUCGUGGCCGACAAGAAAAUCAUGGGCGACGACGGCGAGCUGGUGGGCAAGAUGAGCAUGGCGGCCGCGUCGCUCAAGUGGAACGUUGGCGGGCAAAAGACCAAGGAAAUCGACUUCAAGAGCGAGGCAGAGAGGAUAGAGGCGCUGCAACAGUACUUUGGCAUCAGGCUCAACCAGGCAGAGCGCGACGGCAUUGCCGGCCUGCCGUCGGAGAUCAAGUAG